GGGACACGCAUGCGCCGGCCUGGACCCGGCACCGAGUAACGGACUCGAGCUCCCCCCACCGGAAGUGGGCAGCCGCGCACCGGGAAGAGCCGGCCGAAGCGUGGCGGCCACAGACUGUGGGUACCGGGUCCGAGAGACUCGCGCUUUUCUCUCCGUGCCAUGGCGCCAGCGAAAGCCACGAACGUGGUGCGGCUGCUCCUAGGCUCCACAGCGCUGUGGCUUUCGCAGCUCGGCGCCGGGACGGUCGCCGCGUCCAAGUCGGUGACGGCCCACUUGGCCGCGAAGUGGCCCGAGACCCCGCUGCUGCUGGAGGCAAGUGAAUUUAUGGCAGAAGAAAGUAAUGAAAAAUUUUGGCAGUUUUUGGAAACUGUGCAAGAAUUAGCAAUUUAUAAGCAAACAGAAUCAGAUUAUUCUUAUUACAACUUAAUCCUGAAGAAAGCUGGACAGUUUCUAGACAAUUUACACAUCAACCUUUUAAAGUUUGCUUUCUCUAUAAGGGCAUACUCCCCAGCUAUUCAGAUGUUUCAGCAGAUUGCAGCUGAUGAGCCACCACCAGAUGGUUGUAAUGCAUUUGUGGUUAUUCAUAAGAAGCACACCUGUAAAAUUAAUGAGAUUAAAAAGCUGCUGAAGAAAGCUGCUUCAAGGACUAGACCUUAUCUAUUUAAAGGAGAUCAUAAAUUUCCUACAAACAAAGAGAACUUACCAGUGGUGAUUCUCUAUGCCGAAAUGGGUACUAGAACAUUUAGUGCAUUUCACAAAGUAUUGUCUGAAAAAGCUCAAAAUGAGGAAAUUCUGUAUGUUCUUCGCCAUUAUAUUCAGAAACCAAGCUCACGGAAAAUGUACUUAUCUGGGUAUGGUGUGGAGCUAGCAAUUAAGAGUACAGAAUACAAAGCACUGGAUGAUACCCAAGUUAAAACUGUGACUAAUACUACUGUAGAGGAUGAGACUGAAACAAAUGAAGUUCAAGGAUUUCUCUUUGGGAAACUAAAAGAAAUAUAUUCAGAUCUUAGAGAUAAUCUGACAGCAUUCCAAAAAUACCUGAUUGAGAGUAACAAACAAAUGAUGCCUUUGAAAGUCUGGGAACUACAAGAUCUUAGUUUUCAAGCAGCUUCUCAAAUAAUGUCCACUCCAGUUUAUGAUGCCAUUAAAUUAAUGAAAGACAUUUCACAGAACUUCCCCAUAAAAGCCAGAUCUCUAACCAGAAUUGCUGUAAAUCAACAUAUGAGAGAAGAGAUAAAGGAAAAUCAAAAGGAUCUUCAAGAUAGAUUUAAAAUUCAGCCAGGCGAUGCUCGUCUAUUUAUAAAUGGCCUUCGUGUUGAUAUGGAUGUUUAUGACCCUUUUAGUAUUUUGGAUAUGCUGAAAUUAGAAGGAAAAAUGAUGAAUGGCCUUCGCAAUCUUGGGAUCAAUGGGGAAGAUAUGAGCAAAUUUUUAAAAUUAAAUUCACACAUUUGGGAAUAUACUUAUGUAUUAGAUAUUCGACAUUCUUCUAUAAUGUGGAUUAAUGACUUAGAAAAUGAUGAUUUGUAUAUUACAUGGCCUACAAGUUGCCAGAAACUUCUGAAGCCAGUAUUUCCUGGAAGUGUACCUUCCAUAAGGCGCAAUUUUCAUAAUUUGGUUCUGUUUAUUGAUCCGGCCCAAGAAUAUACCUUGGAUUUUAUAAAACUUGCUGAUGUUUUCUAUUCUCACGAAGUUCCUCUUAGAAUUGGUUUUGUGUUCAUUCUUAAUACAGAUGAUGAAGUUGAUGGAGCAAAUGAUGCUGGAGUUGCUCUUUGGCGAGCUUUCAACUAUAUUGCAGAAGAAUUUGAUAUAUCAGAAGCAUUUAUUUCUAUAGUACACAUGUACCAAAAAGUGAAGAAGGAUCAAAAUAUACUCACUGUGGACAAUGUGAAGAGUGUUCUCCAAAAUACAUUUCCUCAUGCUAAUAUUUGGGAUAUUUUGGGAAUUCAUUCUAAAUAUGAUGAAGAAAGAAAGGCUGGAGCAAGCUUUUAUAAGAUGACUGGCCUGGGUCCUUUGCCUCAAGCUCUUUAUAAUGGUGAACCCUUUAAACAUGAAGAGAUGAAUAUUAAUGAAUUAAAAAUGGCUGUUCUUCAAAGAAUGAUGGAUGCAUCUGUAUAUUUACAAAGAGAAGUUUUUUUGGGCACAUUAAAUGAUCGCACGAAUGCAAUUGAUUUUCUAAUGGAUAGGAAUAAUGUUGUACCCCGUAUAAAUUCUUUGAUUUUGCAUACUAACCAGCAGUACCUCAAUUUAAUAUCUACAUCAGUAACUGCUGAUGUUGAAGAUUUCUCUACUUUCUUUUUCUUGGAUUCACAAGAUAAGAGUGCUGUAAUUGCAAAGAACAUGUAUUAUUUAACCCAAGACGAUGACAGUAUAAUUUCUGCAGUCACUCUCUGGAUUAUUGCAGAUUUUGAUAAGCCUUCUGGGAGAAAACUUCUUUUUAAUGCAUUAAAGCACAUGAAAACAAGUGUUCAUAGUCGGUUGGGGAUUAUUUAUAAUCCUACAUCAAAAAUAAAUGAAGAGAACACAGCUAUUUCUAGAGGAAUUUUGGCAGCUUUUCUUACACAGAAGAACAUGUUUUUGAGAAGCUUUCUUGGGCAAUUGGCAAAGGAAGAAAUUGCUACAGCUAUUUACUCUGGAGAUAAAAUUAAAACAUUCCUUAUUGAGGGGAUGGAUAAGAAUGCUUUUAAGAAAAAAUAUAAUACUGUUGGAGUGAAUAUUUUUCGAACUCACCAGUUGUUCUGUCAAGAUGUACUUAAAUUGCGUCCUGGAGAAAUGGGUAUUGUCAGCAAUGGGAGAUUCUUAGGACCUUUAGAUGAAGAUUUUUAUGCAGAAGAUUUUUACUUGUUGGAAAAGAUAACAUUUAGUAAUUUAGGAGAGAAAAUUAAAGGCAUUGUUGAAAAUAUGGGAAUCAACGCAAAUAACAUGAGUGACUUUAUUAUGAAAGUUGAUGCCCUUAUGUCCUCUGUGCCUAAGCGUGCAUCUCGAUAUGAUGUCACAUUUCUUAGGGAGAAUCACAGUGUUAUAAAGAUGAAUCCUCAAGAGAAUGAUAUGUUCUUCAGUGUCAUUGCUAUUGUUGAUCCAUUAACAAGAGAAGCACAGAAAAUGGCACAGUUGUUGGUUGUACUUGGCAAGAUUAUCAACAUGAAGAUAAAGUUGUUCAUGAACUGUAGGGGCAGGCUUUCAGAAGCCCCUUUAGAAAGCUUUUACCGUUUUGUUCUGGAACCAGAACUGAUGUCAGGGGCUAAUGACGUUUCUUCUCUUGGACCAGUGGCAAAAUUUUUGGAUAUUCCUGAAUCACCCCUCCUAACCCUCAACAUGAUUACUCCAGAAGGCUGGUUGGUUGAAACAGUGCACAGCAACUGUGACCUUGAUAAUAUUCACUUAAAGGAUACUGAGAAAACUGUUACAGCAGAAUAUGAACUAGAAUACUUACUACUGGAAGGACAAUGCUUUGAUAAAGUAACAGAACAGCCUCCUCGGGGUCUGCAGUUCACACUAGGCACAAAAAAUAAACCUGUUGUGGUUGAUACAAUAGUGAUGGCCAAUCAUGGGUAUUUUCAAUUAAAAGCAAACCCAGGUGCUUGGAUACUGAGGUUACACCAAGGAAAAUCUGAAGAUAUUUAUCAAAUAGUUGGGCAUGAAGGAACUGACUCUCAAGCAGACCUAGAAGAUAUCAUUGUUGUAUUAAACAGCUUCAAAAGCAAGAUACUCGAAGUAAAAGUGAAAAAAGAAGCAGACAAAAUUAAGGAAGAUAUCCUUACCGAUGAAGAUGAAAAAACAAAAGGACUGUGGGAUUCCAUUAAAAGUUUCACAGUAAGCUUGCAUAAAGAAAACAAAAAGGAAAAAGACGUCCUAAACAUUUUUUCAGUUGCUUCUGGUCAUUUAUAUGAACGUUUUUUAAGAAUUAUGAUGCUUUCUGUUUUGCGUAACACCAAAACACCAGUGAAAUUCUGGUUGCUAAAAAAUUAUCUCUCACCGACAUUUAAAGAAGUAAUUCCUCAUAUGGCUAAAGAGUAUGGAUUCCGAUAUGAACUAGUUCAAUAUAGGUGGCCCCGUUGGCUUCGUCAACAGACUGAAAGACAGAGGAUUAUUUGGGGUUACAAAAUUCUUUUCCUUGAUGUUCUUUUCCCACUAGCAGUGGACAAAAUCAUUUUUGUUGAUGCUGACCAGAUUGUGAGACAUGAUCUAAAAGAACUUCGAGAUUUCGAUCUGGAUGGAGCUCCUUAUGGGUAUACUCCAUUUUGUGAUAGCCGCAGGGAAAUGGAUGGAUAUCGUUUCUGGAAAACAGGAUACUGGGCAUCACAUCUUUUAAGACGGAAAUACCAUAUCAGUGCUUUAUAUGUAGUGGAUCUCAAGAAGUUCAGGAGAAUUGGAGCAGGUGACAGGCUCAGGAGCCAGUACCAAGCUCUCAGUCAAGAUCCAAACAGUCUUUCAAACCUAGAUCAGUCUCCCUCUGACGCCGAGCGGAGGCUGGACUGUACUGCCGCCAUCUCGGCUCACUGCAACCUCCCUGCGUGAUUCUCCUGCCUCAGCCUGCCGAGUGCCUGGGAUUGCAGGCGCGCGCCGCUACGCCUGACUGGUUUUCGUAUUUUUUUUGGUGGAGACGGGGUUUUGCCGUGUUGGCCAGGCUGGUCUCCAGCUCCUAACCGCGAGUGAUCUGCCAGCCUCGGCCUCCCGAGGUGCCGGGAUUGCAGACGGAGUCUUGCUCACUCAGUGCUCAAUGUUGCCCAGGCUGGAGUGCAGUGGCGUGAUCUCGGCUCGCUACAACCUCCACCUCCCAGUCGCCUGCCUUGGCCUCCCAAAGUGCCGAGAUUGCAGCCUCUGCCCGGCUGCCACCCCGUCUAGGAAGUGAGGAGCAUCUCUGCCCGGCUGCCCAUCGUCUGGGAUGUGAGGAGCCCCUCUGCCCUGCCGCCCAGUCUGGUAAUUGAGGAGCGCCUCUCCCCGGCCGUCAUCCCAUCUAGGAAGUGAGGAGUGUCUCUGCCCGGCCACCCAUCGUCUGGGAUGUGGGGAGCGCCUCUGCCCCGCCACCCCGUCUGAGAUGUGAAGAGCGCCUCUGCCCAGCCGCGACCCUGUCUGGGAACUGAGGAGUGUCUCUGCCCCGCCGCCACCCCGUCUGGGAAGUGAGGAGCGUCUCUACCCAGCAGCCGUCCCUUCCAGGAGGUGGGGGGCAGCCCCCGCCCGGCCAGCCACCCUGUCCGGGAGGUGGGGGGCAGCCCCCGCCCGGCCGCCAUCCCGUCUGGGAGGUGGGGGGCGCCUCUGCCCUGCCACCCUGUCUGGGAAGUGAGGAGCCCCUCUGCCCGGCCGCCACCCCGUCUAGGAGGUGUACCCAACAGCUCAUUGAGAAUGGGCCAUGAUGACGAUGGUGGUUUUGUCGAAUAGAAAAGGGGGAAAUGUGGGGAAAAGAGAGAGAUCAGAUUGUUACUGUGUCUGUGUAGAAAGAAGUAGACAUAGAAGACUCCAUUUUGUUCUGUACUAAGAAAAAUUCUUCUGCCUUGGGAUGUUGUUAAUCUAUAACCUUACCCCCAACCCCGUGCUCUCUGAAACAUGUGCUGUGUCCACUAAGGGUUAAAUGGAUUAAGGGCGGUGCAAGAUGUGCUUUGUUAAACAGAUGCUUGAAGGCAGCAUGCUCGUUAAGAGUCAUCACCACUCCCUAAUCUCAAGUACCAAGGGACACAAACACUGCGGAAGGCGGCAGGGCCCUCUGCCUAGGAAAACCAGAGACCUUUGUUCACAUGUUUAUCUGCUGACCUUUCCUCCACUAUUGUCCUAUGACCCUGCCAAAUCCCCCUCUCCGAGAAACACCCAAGAAUGAUCAAUAAAUACUAAAAAAAUUUGAAAAAAAAAA